AUGGAUGGAGUACUAGCAAAAGGCAAGCAACCUCUUCAUGUGGAUUUAACUAUAAAUGAAUCAACAAGUGAUGAUGGCAGCUCAGAGGAUACAUCUUAUGUCCCAGUGCAAGAGGGCAGCUCUAGUAUUGAUGAAGAAUUGGUUGUAAGAAAUUUGAAACCAAAUAGAAAAGAGGCAAAAAAGGUUCAAAAGAAUUCAGGCAUGGCUAAAGGGAAGGAAAAGAUAGGAAAAGAUAAUAUUAUGCAAGCUGAUGAUGCAAUUGUUGAGGAUCUAUCAGAUGUAGAGGUGGACCUAGGUUUUGUAGGAACUCCAGGGGAAGGAAUUUUGUAUGAAGCUCUGGACCCUGGUGCAGAAUCUGAUGGAGCCAACUCGUGGCACUCGGAGGAGAUGAAAACUCCUCCUAAUUCUGAGGAUGAGCUAGAAUCUGAUGGAGAUUCAGAUGAAUUUCCUAUUUUCCAAGGGGGUCAAAGGUUUGGUGAGUUGAGACUUCAAGUGGGCAUGAAGUUCAACACCAAACAAGAAUUCAAGGAUGCUGUGCGAGAGUUUACCAUACAGGUGGGUAGGGGGAUUAAGUUUGUAAAGAAUGACAAUACCAGGUGUAGGGCAGUUUGCCAAGUGGAAGAGUGCUCAUGGAUUGUGUAUGCUUCAAGAGAUCAUGAGGACUGUUGCUGGCAAAUCAAGACAUUUUAUGAUGAUUAUACAUGUCCAAGAGAAAAUUCUAAUAGGGCUACAAACAGAACAUGGUUGGCUGGUAAGUUGGUUAAAAAGAGCGAUGAGAAGGCACAGUAUGCCUUAACAAGGGAUUAUGCUGAAACGCUUCUGAAAAUAAAUCCCGGAUUCACUGUGAAGAUUGGGGUGAUUCCAUUGCCUGAUGGACAAGUCAUGUUCGAGAAAAUGUAUGUUUGCUUAAGUGAUUGCAAGAACGGGUUCAGAUCAGGUUGCCGGCCAUUAAUUGGACUCGAUGGUGCAUUUCUGAAGACACAGAUUGCAGGCCAGAUAUUAUCAGCUAUAGCCCAAGAUACAAACCAUCACAUAUAUGUGAUUGCUUGGGCUAUAGUUAAUGUUGAAAAUAAGGAGAAUUGGAAGUGGUUUCUUGAGCUACUCCAUGAUGAUUUAGGAGACUAUAAGGCUAACGGAUGGUGUUUCAUUUCUGACAUGCAGAAGGGAUUGAUUUCCGCUAUAGAAGAGGUCAUGCCACAGGUCCAUCAUCGUUUCUGUGUAUGGCACCUGUGGCAAAAUUUCAACAAACAGUGGAAGGAUCUUGAGCUGAGGAGACUUCUCUGGGAUGCUGCUAGGUCAACCACAUUUCAAGACUUUAUUGAUAACAUGGACAAAAUAAAGAAGGUCAGUGAGGAGGCAUGGACAUACCUGAACAAGUGGCCAAGGCAUUCAUGGACAAAGUCUCAAUUUAGCCAUCAGCCAAAGCUGGAUAAUAUCUGCAACAAUGCAUGUGAGGUCUUCAAUGCACGCAUCAAAGAGGCUAGGAGCAAGCCAAUCAUCACAUUGCUUGAAGAGGUAAGGAUGUUUGUUAUGCGAUCGAUUGCAAAGAAUAAAGUAAAGUUGAACAACUAUGUGGGGAAACUACCUCCUGUUAUUCAGAGCCGAUUGGAAAAGGUUCGUAAAGAAUCAAAGAAUUGGGUUCCUAUAUGA